AUAGCAGCGACCUUCGCCCUUUCCUUCCAACGUCCACCACCGCCCACUGCUUCAACCUUUACGAUUGAUCCUGGUUCCCCAUCUCGUCGCCGUUCGACGCAGCGAGCACCUACCGUGCCGCCAACGUCGAGUCUGUCUCCUUGAUCACCGUUCCCCGCAUUACCGGAGACUACCGUUUUAGUCUCUUGCGUCACUUUCAUUGUAUUUCUUCAGGAAUCACCGCAGUAAUGGAUCCAUUUGGAGGUGCAAACUCUUACUGGGAUCUCGUCCAACAACCAUCUGGUUUCUCUACCAUUGGCGAUGAUGACUUUCUUGCUCUCCUUCAAAAGCAGUUUCCCACAACUAUUGGCAACAGUCCCAAACCGUCUGAGCACCCGCCCGACGGCGUAGAUCCUCAAAGCAUCAGCACCUUCCCUAUCCCUAACCCUUCUCCCCCUUCCUCUGACAGUAGUCCUUCCCCUCCGAGUGCCAACGACACCUCGCCGUCGUCGAGACCACAGUCAGGGGUAUUCAAUACCCCCACCUCGGAACAAAGUCCCGAGGAUUCCCGCCUUAAGCGUAAAGCAAGCGACGAUAGUAUGGAUGCUGAACCGUCACACAAGAGUCCUCACAUCAAUGUUUCGAGGAAGCCCGGUAGUUCGUCCCGCAGAAGGUCCACCGGUAACCCUCAACAGGAUGAGUUCCGGUUAUUGAAGCGCAAGGAGCAGAACCGUGCUGCUCAACGUGCAUUCCGUGAACGUAAAGAAAAGCAUGUCAAGGACCUCGAGGAUAAGGUUGCUGCUUUGGAGGCUAAAAACCAAGCAGCAGAAUCUGAGAACGAGAACCUUCGUGAUUUGUUGUCACGGUUACAGAGCGAGAACAUGGCGCUCAAACAAGGCCAGUUUACUUUCCAAAUGCCGAAGAACGACGUGUCGGGUCCUCCGUCAUACAACUCUCCCACACCUACCUCUAACGAUCAGUUCCGCUUCCAAACAGCAGGUGCAGGCACAAGUAAACCAGCGUCGCAACAUCAGUCGCCAGUACCGCCCCCGUUCGACUUCAAUUUCGGCACUUUGAUUCCGUUUGAUCCAGCUGUGUUGAAUGUGUUGGACGAGGUGCCUACACAACCAACUCCUACUGACGAUGCCAUGAACAUGGACUUUGGUUUCGGUGCAUACCCUGGGGUACAGCCAAGGACACUGGCGAGUAACCCGAUGUACAUGUCGUUCAGUGAGCCAAUGUCGCUCGACUUGUCUUCCGGCCAGUCACCGCCGUCGAAUGGCGGCCCACCUCAAAAUGGUAUGGAAUCAAUGGAUCACGCUCUGGCUUCACGUAGCAUGGAAUCACUUGACCAGCUCUUUGGAGGUAACUACAUGAACGCCCAGACGCCGGUCGACUUCUCCGCGCUCUUGCGUACUCCACCCAGCUUGAUCAAUCCAGUUCAGCACACGGCACGUUCAACAUCAAAUAACUCAGUUUCGACCCUCUCUUCCAAUUCGUCAUCAACGGCUUCAUCAGUCGCGACGACAACAUCACCUUCACCUGCGUCACAAUCAUCAUCAUCGACUCCAGCAUCAAUAAACGGCGUGUCGUCACCUAUACAUCACGGAGAUUGUCCAAAGACGAAGGAGGAUAUGGCAGAAGCCAUUCGAAAUGCUGGACAUUCUGCGUUCGUAGAAUCACCUCCACCGCCACCCGCGUUGGUCAGGAAGACCUGUGACGUGGAUAGUGGCGGUACCAUGAUUAUGUGCAAAGGCUCUAGCUUUCCCAAGACGGAAAAGAGUGACAGGAAUAUCGAGGUGCUCACCGCUUGGCGGAGUAUCACCUCGAAUCCGCAAUUCAAGGACGUGGACAUUAAUGACCUAUGUACGGAAUUCACAGCGAAGGCACGCUGUGAUGGUACAAAAGUGGUACUCGAGCCCGACGGUGUGACACACAUUAUUGAGACUCUGUCGCAAAAGCGACAGCAGCAAACUGGGCAACAACAACAGCAACAGAAGUGAGAAGCGGAGGCGUACGAGAAGAUACCAGCCACAGAAGGCUAUUCGAGGCCCGUUAUCUCUCUUCUGAACUCUCAGAGAAAGAGCUGGAAGAAGAGGGAGGGGAUGAUGCCAUCAAUCCCCCCAUUGUGGUGGUAAUAGGUGGCAAAUUGUAUCGAUAUCGCAUAUCUCUCCUUUCGGGCUUUGUGUGUCGUUCUGACUAGGGUUUUCCUCUCUUGAGAAGCGGUUCACGAGGCAUUAGACGGAGGAGGAUACUUUUUUCUUCUUUGCUGAUUGGUUGUCUCGUACUGGGCUUGGCGAGCCUAUGAAGAUCGUUGUAUUUUCAGCAAGGGACUUUCCAAUCAUCACUGGAUUCCAUUCCACCCUGAUUAUGCCGUACAACUCAUUGGUCAUAAUUUUCCUCAGUACUCAGUCCUCAUCUCGUUUCGUGUGCUUUUACAUUUCUCAUCAGGUCUCAUGCACUGAUUGUAUCUCAUAUAUCCCUCUUGCAGUCUCAUUGACGUCUUAUAUGUAAUUUCUUGCAUUUCACCACUCCAAAGCUCUCUCUCUCGCCGCGGUCUCUCUUACUUUCUUUGUCUCUGCUGUUGUAAUUAUUGCUCGACACGUCCGAGCUCGGAGACUCAUUCAAACAUUGUCUUUCCUCACAGUCUAUACGCUGCCAGGUAACAUAGCCAAAUCACUGAAUAAUACGAAAUCGGCUCC